AUGAAUAGACACAGAUUGAAUCAAAUUAGGAGGCAGUGUGGAUUUUAUAAAAGUUUUGUUGUUGAUCCAGUAGGGACUGCUGGUGGGCUUUGUUUGUGGUGGAAAUCUUGGGUGGAAGUGGAAAUACUAGAUUGGAGCAAAAAUUGGAUUGAUACUCGUGUAAAAUCUGAUACAAAUCAUAUAUUUGGAAGAUUCACUUGGUUGUAUGGCACUCCGUAUAAUGCAGAGAAGACUGCAUUAUACUAG